GGAGACGCUCGGUUGGUUUUAGGAACAACAGCAGCAGCAGUUAGAGUUAAAGAUGGAGUCUGAGCUGGUCGCUCUGAUCCUCCUCUCCCUCAGCGGUGUCUGGUGCUGGCCGGCGACCGUUGCCACACCGACUGUUGCCAUGCCGACCGUGGCCCCCCCGGAGCCGACCGUUGCCACACCGACUGUUACCACGCCGACCAUGGCCCCCCCGGCCCCCGGCGUCCUGGUGAGAGUCGGGGAAAACGCCACGCUGCGCUGCCCCCUGCUGGACGCCGCUGAAGCCCCGCCCCAAGAAGCAGCGAAGUGGACCGUCAGCUGGUACAGGAAGUGGGCUGGACGGCCCCCCCAGCUGCUGCUGAGCUUCCGCCUCACCGCGGCGUCCAACGUGACGUACGGCGCCGGCCUCGGCCCGGAGAAAGUCUCGGCCGCGGCCGACAGCUCGCUGCUGCUGACCGACUCCACGCACGGCGACUCAGCAUUUUAUUACUGCAGCAUGACUCAGGGGGAGGGGGGGGGUAAGCAGUGA